UUCAGAUGCUAUGCGCAGGGUGUUUCCGCUUCCGUUUCUGGUACAACCCAGCAUGGCGGCGGUGGAAUUUCUGCUUUGACUCAUUGGCGAGUGCUUGUGCAGCAAGAUUGGCGAGAUGCCUGAACGGUUGAAGGCUGUGAAAUCGCGGACGCGCUGUCCGCGACGUUAGUUGGGGCCCAAGUUCGUGAAAAUCGCGAUCCUCUAUGAGCAAGUCGCCGCGCGCUUCUCCCGCGAGUUGACCACCGCACAGGACAUCGUCGAUCUGGCGAAUUAAUUCGGCCUCCAACAUGACUGACGGCGAAGGCAACGAAAUUCGUGUCAAGACGGCCUACAAUGGGGAGAUCAUGGUCAUGUACAUCGACCCAUCCAUCGCCCUCGAAAAGCUCUGCAAAGAGAUGCGCGACAUCUGCAAAUUCAACGAGGAGCAGCCAUUCACCAUGAAGUGGGUCGACGAAGAAGGUGAUCCAUGCACCAUAUCAUCACAGGAGGAACUGAACGAAGCCAUCCGCCUUUACGAAGUCAACAAGGACUCGGAGCUCACCAUACACGUUUUUCCUAAUGUCCCCGUGGCUCCUGGUAUGCCCUGUGCUGGAGAGGAUAAGAGCAUCUACAGAAGAGGGGCUCGACGGUGGCGCAAGCUUUAUCGUGUCAACGGCCACAUCUUCCAGGCGAAGCGUUUCAACCGGCGUGCGUUCUGCACCUUCUGCCUGGACCGCAUCUGGGGGCUGGGCAGGCAGGGCUUCAAGUGCAUCAACUGCAAACUCAUGGUGCACAAGAAGUGUCACAAGCUCAUCAAGCUGGCUUGCUCGGGACCUCUCAAAAAUGACCAGGACCAGUUUGCUGAGUCGUCUGCCCCCACCACGCCAGCACCAUCGAGGACGAGCGACACAACAAAUGGGGGCGAGGUCAACGGUACGAGUUUGACCAGAGCUGGAACUCCAAGGCACAAGACUCAUCACAGGGCAGGCUCGGCCAUUGAGACAACCACUGACUCUGCCGCCGGCCAGCUGGGCCAAGAAAUUGAUGACCAAGUUUUGGGAGGCGUGGAAUCCGGUGGCGACUCGUGUCAGUAUGGUCUGAAGGACUUUGAUCUGAUCCGUGUGAUUGGCCGUGGCUCCUACGCCAAGGUGCUUAUGGUUGAGCUCAAGAAGACCAACCGGAUUUACGCCAUGAAAAUCAUCAAGAAGGAGCUUGUCACCGAUGAUGAGGACAUCGACUGGAUCCAGACCGAAAAGCAUGUCUUUGAAACAGCAUCCAACUACCCGUUCCUCGUGGGCCUGCACUCCUGCUUCCAGACAGAAAGCAGGUUGUUCUUUGUGAUCGAGUUUGUGCGGGGUGGCGACCUGAUGUUCCACAUGCAGCGGCAGCGUCGCCUGCCGGAAGAGCAUGCCCGCUUCUAUUCGGCUGAAAUCUCCCUUGCCCUGAACUUCCUGCACGAACGGGGCAUCAUUUAUCGGGACUUGAAAUUGGACAAUGUCUUGUUGGACCAUGAGGGCCAUAUCAAGUUGACCGACUAUGGCAUGUGCAAGGAGGGCAUUCGUCCUGGUGACACGACAAGCACAUUUUGCGGGACACCCAACUACAUUGCCCCUGAAAUCCUCCGAGGGGAAGACUACGACUUCAGCGUAGACUGGUGGGCGCUGGGUGUGCUCCUGUAUGAAAUGCUGGCGGGCCACUCUCCGUUCGACAUCAUGGGCACCAGCGAGAAUCCCGACGAGAACACCGAAGAUUUCCUCUUCCAGGCAAUCCUCGAGAAGACGAUCCGUAUUCCACGCUCUAUUUCCGUCAAGGCUCAGUCUGUGCUCAAAGGGUUCUUGAACAAGAACCCUGUUGAGAGGCUAGGUUGUCACCCGACCACAGGCUUCAGCGACAUCAUGUCGCAUGCAUUCUUCAAGAGCAUCAAUUGGGAGCAGCUGGAGGGAAAACAGGUGACUCCGCCAUACAAGCCCAAGCUUGGCACGGAGCGCGACUUUGAGCACUUUGACCCGCAGUUCACGAGCGAGCCCGUGCAGCUGACUCCCGAUGAUACGAGACUCAUCUCGAAGAUUGACCAGUCGGAGUUCGAGGGCUUCGAGUACGUCAACCCGCUACUGAUGUCGCUGGAGGAUUGCGUGUAGCUGUUUCCUGUAUUAUCUCCUUUUCUCGUUUCUUGUUUCCUUACGGCUCGCAUCCCAAAGGAGAGCCGAGGGCCUGUUGCGCGCCUUUUUCUCACGAUUGCGCGUGCGAGCUUCGGGGCCCGUACGGGCAGACCAAAAACGGGGCCAAGCCAGCUCAUUAGGCAUUCCUGCUCAUUUUUCGAGGUCCAGCCUAGGGAAGUCACUGAAUGUCGUGACUGUUUUUGAGAGGCGCUGACCUCAGUGUCGACGCCAUAAGGCAGAUGUCUCUCGGGUACUUGACCACAGGAUUGGGCUGGCUUCUGCCUUCUGUGGACCACACACACCCCCCAGAAGAGGCCUUCUUUUUUAAAAUUAGUCCGUGAUAGUUUCUCCGCGCAGAUUUUAUCGCGAGCAAGUGUCGAUGCAUGGGCACUGCGUUAGUUUCGCUUGGGGCAAGCUUUUCCUCGAGCUUGUUGGUGCGCGUGCAUUACAAGUUGUGGCCUUCCGCUGCCGUCGUUGCUGUGUGGUGGAGAAGUGCUCGUCGUGAGGCUUAGUGUGCCGGUGCAGAUAGCACAGAAUUUUAUUUGCAGAGCCAUUUCCCAUUAGUUGUUAAGCGAGACACAUUUCUUUUCCUAUGAUACUUAAGGAUCAUUAAGCUACGCUGUGUUGUCAGUAGAGCUAGAGAGCUUCCUUUGCAUUCUUCAAUUCCCUGUUUUGCGCUGGAAAGAGCAGUCAACAAAUUAUUUCCACAAGUGUGAAACCGUUUUCAAAGUAGUUUGUUCUCACUGAACGCUUAAGGACAUGAACAGCGUGUGGUUGUCUCAGCUUGAUAUUGUCGAGACAUUGAUGCCAGAUUUCCUGCUCGCCGAAAGAGGCCACCAUAGUGUGAGCAUAUGAGAGGCGGUAGUCCCUCCAGUGGCAAACGUCCCUAUUGCCAAGUAGCACUUUCUAUUAGGUUGUUGUGUGCACAUAAGAGAAUCAUCGCGGUGCAGCUCCACCUGCCACGGCAUCCUUCUGGGGGUCUAGUUUUUGAGUCGUCGAGUAGAACCCCGGUGCUGCCGUGUUUUAUCAUAGUAUUAGGCGUUCUUUUUCUUCCCUCUCGUCCCUGACACGCCAGGGACCGACCUGCAUAAUAUUCGCAUUCCAUCUAUCACUGUGAACACGUGUAGUUGUCUCUCUUCACCGCCAAAUUGGACCAGUGCAGUCAGCGCCACGGACUUUCUUCCACGUUUCUAAGCCCGCUUUCCUGUGAUGUUGUGUGCCAGCGCAAAGUCGUCACCGGUGAGAGCGGUUGUAGGUUUGACUGCCCAGUUUAGUACUUUGUUACACUUGUGUAUUGACGUUUGCUGAGCAAGAAGUAGGCUGAAGUUUAGUGUAUAUCAUUCCUAAGAAGAUUGCAAUCUUAUCAACGUAAUUUCGCUUCGCAAACACCGUAGUGGUGCGUUUAUUCUCAUUUCUUUUCUCAAACACUGUAUGGCCCAUGUAGUGUUACCUACUCGAAUAUUCAAGGCACGCACUUUGACAACACUUGCAUGCCUUAGGGCACGUUUCGGUCGCAACGUCGAGAGUCACAGGCUUGCAUGCCUUUCCCGGCUUUGAUUCCACACUUUUGCUACUUCAAUGUCACGAACAGCUUGUGCGUUAUCCACGUGGCAUUGAAUAUUUGACAGGAAAGUAGCGAAUGCAUAGUUCUCGAAAAACGAAACGCAGGCAGGCGAGGUGGCAGUCUGCUGUUCGGACAAAAAACGAAACCUGAAAAGGUGUAGGUGCUCUUGAAGUGCUGUGUACUACCACUACUUUGUAGAGUAUCAAGAGUGAUGUUACACUCUAAGGGGUGUUACGUGUUUAUUAAGGGUGCAGCAAGAUGAACUUAGCUGGACAAAAAGCAUGCCAAUCGAAACUUCGUUCUCGUUCCUGAGGAUUAGACUGGGGCUGUUGGCGACCAGAAGAAGCAGCCAGUAAGGCAGCUCGUUUGCUCAUCGUUAGCAGCAGAUGACAAUGCCCUCCUGUCGUAGCAUUGAGUAAUGGUGGUGCCACUUCUCUAGGUUUCUCAUUGAAGGUGUUAGAACAGUGGAUACGAAUCGUUAUCCAAUCUAGUACAAGUUUGUGAGCAGCUUACAGUGUCGUUUGCAGUCAUCACAGUUGGGUCAAAGAAAAAUAGGUGCAGCUUAGUCGGCAGAUAUUGUGGCACAUUUGUAAUUAGGAUUCCACUAGCAGGUACUUGAGAUGUGAUAGUAACGUGGCACCUUUAUGGCCUUUGCUAGCUUUUAGUGACCUGAUCUUACCAGUCGUACUGAAUUCAAGCGUAACGUUUACAGUGAUCUGUUUUAGGUGUAAGUUUGAGUCUUACCAUACAGAAAGAGGAGAGGAUGGCAUUUCUUCAAUCGGCAGCCUUUAGUGGGCUGCUUUGAUAUGAGUGACGCAUUUAUCAAAACCGUUUACAUCGAGUGCUAGGCCACUUUUUUGAAGACUUUUUAGAGACCGUUCCUGCCAUCUGCACUUCAAACAUGCUACAUUGUGACCCUCGUCAGCACUUCUCAUAUAUGUGAAAGCUAAGCAGACAGAGUCUUCUCAAAGUUGGCAAGUAUAUAAGGUCAUUCCUUUUUCGUAGCCUUUUUUUUUUUUUAAUUGCAAAUUUUCGAGUUCUCGUUUUAUUUGGUGCUGCCACCUUGAAUGUACUAGUUGUGUAAGCGUGCACAGGGCUCCAGUCAUAUUCGCGAUCGAUCAAGUUGCUUCCUUUUAAGAUUGUUACCGACUGCGUCUUACUUUGUUGCGGCAAGUGGUGCAACUAUUUAUUUUCAUUUCUCUUUCUUUUCCUUUGCAUUGGCCUGAGUAACAUUAGGUACGUUAGGACUUUCGACGAAUGAUUGUCUCGCACAUUCCUGUCCCCAAUGUCACUUUGAGAGAAUGCUUAUGUGAUGUGUAAAGUACUAUGUAGACAUGUGAUGCAGCCUUCUCAAGAGGGCACCGCGAUAAGCUUUGUUAUCUCUGAACCAGUAUGUGGGGAUGUUAUCACAGGGUAACACAGUGGAGCCAGAAAGAAAGUGUAAAAAUCUUUAUCACUGCUGUUCUUUGAUCGGAUAGCUUUAAUUGUUUCGGAACUUGGAAAUAAAAGUGUGAACCCUUGUGGCUUACUGCUGUCACUAUGACCAGCGCACUUGUUAGUGUGUUCAGUUUUACUUUUGUUUCACUCGCGGUACUGAUUUGGGACGUCCCAACAUUCAUUGGAAGUGGGUGUUAAGCAUAUGUUGUGUACAGCAGCGCCUGUUAGUUCUCUUUCAAAUUCAGUGUUCUUCCCCGCUGCUUGCCUUUUCGGAUGCUGGACAGGCAAAGAAAAGCGAUUCGAAACUGAGGCUCCUCGUUAGAUACAUUCAUUCUGCUGUUGUGAUGAACUCUUCUCAUUGAAGAUGACUUGUUGAAUUGUGAGCGUAUGUACACAACAAAGCAUGCGACGCGAAAUGUUUCGUCAGCGUGAUUGAGCCUUAUUUUCUUUUGUCAACCGCAAAGUAUUUAUAUGACUGUAAUGCAUCACAUCGCAUUUUUUAUUGUGUUGUAUGGUUUGUGAUUAUUACGUGUCAUUCGACGCUGUUUUGCUCAUUGUAAUUUUACCUUGUUGUUUUUUCUGAUUGUGCACGUACAUGUAUUGCAAUUUGGACAGAGGUCACUGAGCUGCAGUUAUGCUGUUACUCUACCGUGGGCACUUGAUUAUGAUUGAUAUUUUUUUAUGUUGUAAGCUUUUAUACUUCUUUUUUCGAGCUCAAUUUCUUAACACCUUGUGACAGUACUCAGUUUCGCAGACGCUCCUGUUGCCUUUUUCUUUCUUUCUCGAUCUACGAGUUGUGCUAAUGUGACCAGCUGCAUGUUUUGUUUUUAACAAUUCACUACAUUGUUGGUAUUUGUGACAUUUUUUGUGCAUACACGCUUUCGCUUGUCACAGAGGCUGCAUUUUGUUGCAUGUUCUUUGUUGUACAGAAGUUUUGCCAUGUUUUUGUAACCCUUUUUAAAUAUAUAUAUAUAUGUAUUAUAUAUUAUACGUACACGUAAUCAAGCGUGACGUGCAAGAUAAGUCGCCUCGACAGCUCUUCGAAAGUAAUUGCUUUUGGACACUCGUGAAGUGGACCCUCUGCGACCCUUACCAUACACGCGUCAGCAUUUUUACAGUGAAUGAGAAAGGCAUAUGAAAUAGUAUUUAUACUGUUUUCCAGUCACAGAAGCAGUGAGAACUCCUAGUGUACGAGGCAAGGCAAGAAACAAUGACGCAGUUGUAGCCACUGCUGUGCUUUAUUUGCAGGAGUGACUGCUAUAUGAACCCAAGCACACGAGAAUAUUACUUGGUGGCAAACGGUGACCAUCUUUUUGUUCUCGGUUCUCGUCUCUGUGGCCAGACACUUAGUUCACUGCACCCGUUUAGCGAUGUAAAAUGCAACAUUGCGUUCAGGUUUCAGUAAAAUUAGCGCUAUAACAUGCAAGAUUGUUGUACGUCUGGCUGUUCUCCUCCUUAAUGAAGCAUAGUUCUGACUGCACAGGCCGUGUUAUCUGCUUUGCCUCUCUCAUAACCUACCUUGCGUUUGUGCUGGCAUUGCGAACCCACUCGGCCAUGAUCUAUCAACCUGUCAAAACUACCAAUCUUCUUGUACCUUUGUUUUUUCGCAGUGUUCAGUGGAAAGGAAAUAUGAUGGUGUAGCUCUCUACUGACAAAGAAAUAGUUUGGUUCGGGAACUUCUUGUAAUAGUCUGGGCUGUCGAUGAGUUAUAUUCAACAGCAAAAUUCUUUAAGGUAUAGUUUUAUUCUCGAGAAGGUGUUGCUUGCAUUGGGUGUGUAUAAUAUUAGUAAAAGUGUUUAACACCCUUAAAGCUUUAGCAAGAAAAUUUUGACAGCAUUCUGUGAAUGUAUGUGCACUACAUUUCUGUCUGCAGUGCAACGGAUUGAAGGGCACCUUGCAAGAUUUCAAGCGUCCUUGCUUAAAUUGAUGCACGUGUUCCAGAUAUUCCAGAGUUGUAUUUAAAGUGAUGCUGAGCAGUAUACAAUGUACUUGAGGCAACCUGUAAAUUAUGUUGAAACACUGACUCGUACUCAUGUCAUAGGUGCACUGGUUAUGCUAUAUGUUUGAGCAGAGAUGGCUUGAUAGGUUAAAUCUUUUAAUUUUUCGUGAAAGCUGCAGGUGAACUUGCAUCAACUAGCUAAAUGUACAAAGUGAGGCGUUUUCACGCUCUGCUGAAUACCUUGUGCACUUUCAUGCCACAGUUGACUUUGGACUUUUCAACCAUAACCUUUUGUGCGUAUGUGCAGCAAACAAAGUGACGUCCCUCCAUGGGCUUCAGUCGCGAAGAUGUGGCAACAAUUCACUGAAUUGUCUUUCUUUUCUUGGCCUUCAAGGCAUCACAUAGCGUGAGCACUGCUGUUUGGCGAUAAUGAAUUACUGACACAGAGGCCUUUUCUUGUCCUUUGUAACUCCCGUAUACUUGGCGUUUUCCAUUUUAUUGACAGAUUUUUUCGCGCGUGUUAUCUGUAUACUUACAGCGAAACACGUGCUCAUCAAAGUGAGCGCAAGUACGACCGCGUGCCUCUUCCACGCUGACUUACGUCUCCGUUCGCAUUAAAGUUUUCCCGGCGCUUUGCAGAUGUAAUCACUGUCGCGAUGUCAGCCCGCCUCAUGAUUAUGCAUAUCUGUCGCUGUUUGCCAUUUUGAAAAGUUGCAUGUGACGUGGCAUUUCACGACAUGCGCAUGUUGAUCCUGCUGCUGUGUAGUUGUUCACACUAAUGCUAUAAAGCUGUACUCACCGUGAAAUAAAGAAAAAAAGUAUUGUACAGAGGUGAUCAUAGCAGAA